UUGAACAUAUUUAUUUACUAUUUUUUUUAUAUAUUAUUAUUUAUUUAUUUAAGGAUGAUAAAAUAUGAGUUUAUUGACUCCAUUUCAGGUAUUUAAGUGAAGUUUACGUGGAAAUUCCCACGUGCCGACAUUGAAAAUGUGAUCGUUUUAGGUUUACUUGAACUCUAAAAGCAAAUUAUAAAAAACGAUACAACACUAUAAUUCCAGAAGAUGAUAAUUCUUAUCUUUAAAGUGCUUGGAGUGGAGAGAUUUCAAAAUGGAUUAAUAAAUGGCUUAAGAUGAAGGGGUGUCUUAACCCUCCGUCCGCCAUUAGGGGUAUGUGCCCGACUACAGAAAUAUUUUUUAUUAGGUACAAAAUAAUUUUUAUAGGUAGAAGAUUAAUGAAUUUAAUAAAAUUCCGAAAAUUCUAACAAUUUGCUUCGGUCACGAAUGAGUUAAUUUUACUGAAUCAUCAUUAGAUCCACAUUGAAUUUUAUUUCGUUAAACGACUGAAUGGGGGGCAAAUUUGUGAUAGAGACUUAUCUUAUCAGAAUUAUCACAAUAAUUUCAAGAAGUUACUCUAUCUCUGACAUUGAUUCCGAUUGCUAUUGGCAAAAAAAGUAGUUUCUUGGACAAUGUAAAAAGGCCACAAAAAAUCCCACGCAAGUGAAGACCACAGAACUCACAUAAAGAAUCAUAUAAAAAAAUAUUAAUGUAUAUGCAAUAAAUCACGGGAAUAUCUUAUAAAGAUACGUAUAUUGUAUUGUAUAUAGUCGUAACAUUUUUUCUAUCUUCACAUAAUUUUUAUAUACAUAAAAUGUAUGUUAUCUUUAUCUACGUAAUUCCAUGUGUCUCAAUGCUUUAGUAUUUUACUUUUAAUCAGUUAUCGACAAAACCUACAAGUGAACGUUUGCUUUUGUUAAUUCAUGUGAUAUAUUUUGUGGUGAGAAGAUCAGCUCGUGAGAAUGUCCAUUGAAGCUGAAAAGAAAUUUGAUUUGGAUCUCCUAAUCCAACAGAUAGGACCCUUUGGGAAAUUCCAACUAAUAAACUAUCUCUUGAUUUGCAUUCCCAUAAUCUUCACGGGAAUGUUUUCCCUUGGAUUUGCCUUCACAGCAGGAAAUCUUGACUACCGUUGUCGGAUAUCAGGAUGUGAUGGAGAUGAUCCGAGCCUCUCUGCUCCAUUCUUGGACUUUACAACACCCAAGGAUGGAGAUAAAUUUUCCAGCUGCCAGAAGUUUCUUCAUACUCCGAAUGCAACCAUAACAGAUCAGUGUCAAGCAGAUCUGUUUGAUCCAACACAACUCCGAGACUGUGCUGAAUUUGUCUAUCAGGAUGAUGAAACGACCAUCCUCAGUGAAUGGGAUUUGGGAUGUAGUGAAGAAUGGAAGUUGUCGUUUGUAGGAACAAUUUCCCAACUAGGCUACAUUCUAGGACAACCUGUAACAGGAUACUAUUCGGACAAAUUCGGGCGACGUACAGCCUUAGUUAUAGGCGGAAUACUGGCUGUUAUAUUAGGCAUUACACGAUCAUUCUCUGUCAACUACAUCAUGUUCAUCAUAUUGGAAUUUCUAAGUUCCUUCGCUUGUUCUGGAGUCUAUAAUUCUGGUUUUAUUCUAGGAUUGGAAUUAGUCGGGCCUGAACGACGUAGUUUGGGAGUAUUCUAUAUUAAUGCCUUCUACGCCGUUGGUGAGGCUCUCUUGGGAUUCCUAGCUAUGCUAACAAAAGACUGGCGUUUUCUUCUUCGCAUAACUUAUGCCCCUGCCAUCCUUAUCUUAAUCUACCGUUGGCUUAUUCCCGAAAGUGUAAGGUGGUUGGUUACAAUGAACCGCCCCCGUGCAGCAGCAAAGAUCAUUGAUUCAGCCGCCAAGAUGAAUAAAAGUCAACUAACGCCGGAGGCGCAGAAAAUGCUAUCUGAAGCUUUUUAUGAGGAUUGUGAAAUCUUCAGUGAAAAGGAGAAUAAUGCAGAAGAUGUGGAAGAGUGCAACCCAUUUGCAGCUCUCAAAUCUCGUACUUUACUCCUGCGCUUUCUGAACUGUUUGUUCUGUUGGUUUAGUAUUUACUUCGUAUUCUUCGGCCUAACUCUCAACUCUGUUGUAACUGUUGGGAAUAAGUAUUUAAACUUCAUCCUUAAUUGCCUAAUUGAGGUUCCAGCUGCUGCGAUAUGUUGCCUGGCUAUGGAUAAAUUUGGAAGACGUUUCGUCGUUUGCGUUAGUCUGAUAUUCUCAGGGAUUGCCUGUCUAGCCUACAUCUUUAUCACAUCAGACGUAGCAGAAAAUGUUAACUUAGCACUAUUUCUAUUUGGUAAAUUCAGCAUAACUAUGGCAAUUAUCACAAUCUACGUCUACACAGCGGAACUAUUUCCAACGAAGCUUCGCCUAACUUUCCUAUCCGUUUGUGCAACAUUUGGCAAUAUUGGAGCAAUGCUAGCUCCCUUCACGCUACUUCUUGGAAAAUACUUUGAAUCCUUGCCCAUGAUCUUGUUUGUUGCUGUUGCAAUUCCAGCAGGGAUUUUAAUUCUUCUAUCACCUGAAACACUCAAUCACACACUACCAGAUACAAUUCAAGAAGCAGAAAAUAUUGGAAGGAAAAGGGGAAAGAGAAAAAUUAAUUUGAAAACCGCAAUUAGUCAGUUGUCAGUUUCCAAAGAAGUUGCAGCAAAGUCGUUUAUUGAGAAUGGUAGCACUUAAAGUAUUUAAUUGGAUGUACAUAGAAUGGGAUUAGACGCUCUUUGAGACAUCAGUGUAUUUAUUUAAGGAAUUUAUUUUUAAUUUCUUUAGUCUGUGAUUGUUCUUUUUGGUAAAAUAGGAACAAUCCUUCCGGUAGCAUCAGACAAAGAGACGGUGGAUCAACCCAGGAUCAACCCAAACGGUAUCCUUUCAAUUUUGGCCAGAGCUUUCGAUGCUUCUACACAAAAUUGAAAGGAUUCCUUUUUGAGUUGAUCCACCGUCUCCUUGGCUGACGCUAUCAGAAGGAUUAUUCUUAUUUCACCAAAAAUCAAAAUUUUUCGUCAGAUCCUACCGGAGUCUGUGAUUCUUCAAAAUCAGUAUGAAAUUAAAUGAGAUAAUUAAAAAAAA